AAAGUCAAUGUCGAUCGAUACCUGUCGAUUUCUAAAAGCUCUCCUCAGGCAGGAUGAGAAGUAGAAGUAGAGAGGGAGGGCUGGGGGGGGUGCGUUAAAACCCCAGCUGCUUCGCUGUUACUCACGCACGGAUCUUUAGAGAGUUAUUAUGGAUCAUCCCAACCAAGGAGGCGAUAAAGAUGAGCAAUUUCCUGGUAAAGCGAUCUCAUUAACGUAUCCCUUUUUUUUUUCCUAUUCAAUCCCAUCCCAGUUACUGGUAGAUGACAUCCCGGAUUCAUUUUGGAAUGAAGCAGGACAUGGUGCUCCAACACCGCAACUAGAUCAAGAGGAGGAAAAUUUUCUUGAAGGGCUUGAAUCCCUGUUCGGGGUAGAUGACCACGACGUCCCAGAUUCAUCUUGGGAUGUAACAGGUUCACUGGAUGAAUGGAAUUCCUUGAAUCUUCACAACCCUCAAACUUGGAAUUUCGGCAAUCGGUCUGUAUCAGGAACAGAACAACCAGGUACGCAAAAGAUUGGUUAAAUUUUAUUUCUGAUGUGUGCCCAUUUGGACCAGUGGCCUUGUUACUAGGACUAGAGGACACCACAUGUUUUGUUUCUGCCUUUGUGACUGGCGACAGUAAGAAAUCUGAUAACUCAACAAGUAAUUAGAAGGAAAAUAAAUCUGCAAGCCAGUUAUCAUUUGCCUUAACACAGUUUAGAUUUGCUGUCCCCAAUAGCUUCUUGUAGAAUGACACUGCUUCCUCUCCCAUUUCAGUGAGCCUUAAAAAGGUUUUUCGUUAUCCUGAGUAUAUAGCUCCCCAAUUGUGCUUUUACCCUUUAUAACUCUCACCACUUUAUGGAGAAAAACAGUGUUACAUUGCAAAUUUUUAACUUCAAUCCAAUCAAUAUAUCUUUAGAUUUUCU